AUGGAUGGAUUUGACAGACUUAAAGAAAAAACACUACCACCUAAAGAAAAUUUCUACAAUAAUCUAACUAAUAAACACAUUUCUGAUGAAGAUUAUGCAAGAGCAAUUGAUGUAUGGAACACAUUUGAUUGUAAAUCUAUGAGUGACUAUGCUAUGGUGUACUUAGUAUCAGAUGUCUUAUUAUUGGCUGAUGUGUUUGAAAAUUUUAGAAAAAUAUGUCACAAAGAAUACAAUUUGGAUCCAUGUCACUACAUAACUGCUCCUGCAUUAAGUUGGGAUGCUAUGUUAAGAUACACCGAAAUUGAACUGGAGCUUCUUACAGAUGUGGACAUGGUACACUUUUUAAAGAAAGGAGUAAGAGGAGGUGUGGCACAAUGUAGCAAACGAGAAGCCGUGGCCAAUAAUCAAUAUGUACCCAACUAUGAUCCACAACAACCCGAGUCUUACAUCAUGUAUCUAGAUGCCACAAAUUUAUAUGGUGCAGCCAUGUGUCAAUAUCUUCCAUAUGAAAAUUUCAACUGUUUUUCGGUGGAGGAUGAUGCGGAUAAAGGGUAUGUGUUGGAAGUGGAUUUGGAAUAUCCAGCUCAUUUACAUUCUUUACAUAAUGAUUUGCCAUUCUGCCCCGAGAGCAUGGUACCUCCAGGAAGCAAAUAUUCUAAACUUAUCACAAAUUUCAACAAUAAAACUAAAUACAUUAUCCAUUAUCGCAAUCUUAAGCAGUGUCUUAGGUAUGGUCUGGUACUAAAAAGGAUUCAUCGUAUACUAGAGUUUUCGCAAUCACCAUGGUUAAAACAAUAUAUUGACCUAAACACAUCACUCAGAAACAAGGCCAAAAACGAGUUUGAACGGGAUCUUUUUAAGCUUCUGGUUAAUGCGAUAUUCGGUAAAACUCUAGAAAACGUUGAAAAAAGAAGAGAUAUCCGCCUGUGCACCCGCUGGGAAACAAAAACAAAUUCGUUGGGAGCCAGGGUACUUAUCUCUAAACCAGAAUCCAAGUCUUGUUCAGUGUUUAAUGAGAAUUUGGUGGCAAUCCAUUUGGGUAAAACCAAAAUAGUUUAUGACAAGCCUCUCUAUGUUGGUUUCACAAUUUUAGAUUUAUCAAAAACAGUGAUAUAUGAUUUUUAUUAUGGAUAUAUCAAAAAGAAAUAUGGGGAAGCUGCAAACUUGUUAUACACAGACUCCCUGAUUAUGGAGAUAUAUACCCCCAAUUUCUAUGAGGAUAUGAAAAGAAAUUUAGAACAUUCGACACCUCCAACUAUCCAACUGAUAAUAUUCACAGGAUACCGAAAACACCAUCAAUACUAG